ACGCCCACUGAACCGCGCCCCGCCCACACGCGACUCGACUCUAGUCAGUGCGGGUGAUCAGCGCGCGCCGCUCACUGUCUCACCUGCACGCGCCAUGAGAGCACGUCAUUCCGUGAUAUCUGCGCGUGUGUAAAGGCUCAUGGAGGGCGACGGGUCCGGACGGGCUCCGGGUGAUCCGGCAGCGGCUCCCGCGAAGCGUCAGGCGGUGAAGAGGCACCAUCACAAACACAACCUCAAACACCGGUACGAGUUCCUGCAGACCCUCGGGAAGGGCACGUACGGACGGGUGAAGAAAGCCAUGGACCGAUCCGGCAGAACGGUGGCCAUAAAGUCCAUCCGUAAGGAGAAGAUCAAGGACGAGCAGGAUCUGAUCCACAUCCGGCGGGAGAUCGAGAUCAUGUCGUCGCUCAGUCACCCUCACAUCAUCACCAUAUAUGAAGUGUUUGAGAACAAGGACAAGAUCGUGAUCGUGAUGGAGCUGGGCAGUAAAGGAGAUCUGUACGAUUACCUCAGCGAGAGGCAGCGCAUCUCUGAGAGCGAGGCCAGACACUUCUUCAGACAGAUCGUCUCGGCCGUCCAGUACUGCCACCGCAACGGGAUUGUUCAUCGUGACCUGAAGUUGGAGAACAUCUUGCUGGACGACAACGGGAAUAUAAAAAUCGCUGACUUUGGGUUGUCAAACCUGUACCAGGGCGAUAAAUUCCUGCAGACGUACUGCGGCAGUCCUCUGUACGCUUCCCCGGAGAUUGUGAACGGCAGGCCGUACAGAGGGCCGGAGGUGGACAGCUGGUCUCUGGGCGUCUUGCUGUACACACUGGUUCAUGGAGCCAUGCCUUUUGACGGACAAGACCAUAAGAACUUGGUCCAGCAGAUCAGCACCGGAAACUACCGCAAACCCACCAAACCAUCUGAUGCUUGUGGUUUGAUCCGCUGGAUGUUGAUGGUGAACCCAGAGCGCAGAGCUACGUUGGAUGAGAUUGCGGGUCACUGGUGGCUCAACUGGGGCUAUCAGCUCCCUCUACAGGCUCAGAAUGAGACCGCAGCUGUACAUCAGGGGCCGGGACACGUGGCUGCCGCGUGUCAAACCGGUGGUCCGACUCGCAUCGCAGACUGGCUACGUCGCACCUCUCGUCCUCUUCUGGAAAACGGUUCUAAGAUGCGCUGCUUGUUGCGGACAGGUGGGGCCGCUGGGGGAGAACCGGUCCAGCGACAGCGCUCCAUACGCAGGUCGCGCAAAGAAAACAACGUCUCGCAGACCAUGCAGGAUGCUCCUCGCCCAUCUAAAGGCAUUCUAAAGAAGCGGGGCAGCCUAAAACAGAAAGCGCCCAGUGACUCCCAGACUACGCCCUUGGAGGAGAAAAGCCCAAACACUUUGGCAGCGCCAGUUCCGCCUCCACCUCCUAAAGGCAUCCUGAAGAAGCCUUCAGAAGGUGAGUCAGGCUAUUACUCCUCAUCCCCGGAGAGCUCCGGACAGACUCUUGGGAACCUGUCACCUGUGCAGCACCGCAAGGGCAUUCUCAAACGCCACGGCAAGUUUUCCGGAGGCCUGCAGGAAUUCGGCUCACUGGACCAGCUUUCACCCUCCUUACCCACAGUGGUCAACAGAUCCCGACCAAGUGGGGCAAUCAGCGAGGACAGCAUCCUCUCCUCAGAGUCUUUUGACAGACUUGACCUACCUGACCGCGAGAUUCCGGUCGCCCCUAUGGAGCGUCCAGCAGGGGGACGGAGGAUGCGAGGAUGUGUGUCCGCUGACAAUCUCCUUGACUUGAGAGAGGACAGGCCAGGGACUCAGCUCCAGGGACACUGGGAAAUGGACAUAGCCUGCUACCGUGCAGGAGUGUCCGAUAGCGUGUUUUCAAUCUCUGACUGUGAAAACGUCACUCAGACUUACAGGCAAGCCUUGGGAGCAACUGCAAGUUGAGAUGAACGACGACUGUGAAGUGCAGAAUCUGUCCGAGACACGACGCAAGUCGUUGUGCUUAGAAAGUUAAACAGUUUGGAAACAAGGGAAGUACUUGGAAGCGUUCCUGAGCUAUGCCAGAUGAAUGCUGGUAUGGGAACAGUUUCAGGCCAGGCAGGAAAUGGGUCUUGACAGAGGACAGGAAGUCCUGUGCGUCAGACUUGUUUAGGACACUCAUUUCAUUCCGAGGGAACAGCAGUUUUUGGUGCAUUCGCAACAUGUAAAACGGCUGCUUUUAUAAUGAAGACUUGAUUUGAGAAAAGUGCCUUUUAUUUCGUCAACUGCCCAAAUGAUGAACAACUAACUUGUUAUCUUUUGAAAUGUUUGUGACUUUUACAUGAGUGUUUAGGGUGUUGAAACAGUACCAAAGAUCCAUUGUGAAUUUAGAUCAUCUGUUUGUUUUAAAGGUGAAUAUUGGUGGUAGAUUACAAACAUUUAAAAGGAUACAUACAAGGAUUGACUUAAGCGCUCUUUAAGAUCGUUCCCGCCAAUUUCUGACUUUUACAACAUGCCAUUAAACUGCUCAGAAUUCACAGGUGUGACGGAUACAGUGAACUAUUGUCUGUUUAUGACUUUAUGUAGUCUACACUUUAGUUUUGUGUCUGUUUCAUGUUUGAAUUGUGCAGAUAGGAGUGUUCAAACUGCUUCCACAUCCGCAUUUAUUAAGGAUAGUAAAAUACGGCAUGACUUCGCAGAAUAAUUUUGAGAAAUGUGUUGAAAUGGUGGGGUUUACUGUUUAGGGAAUCUGGAUGUUUACUUACAAUUGUAAAGGCAAGUUAAGAAUUCGUUGCAAUGACAUUUGUCCAUUUGAGCAGCAGUGUGAUCUUUGCAGGGGUUUCAUGGCUUGUGAUAACCGAGGUUAUGCGGUGUUUUUCUUCUGUUUGGUGUCAUAUUUGUUUGAGUUACUGCAUGCUUACUUGCCAAAGUGCCUGAUUUAUCUGCCCUGAUGUCUCUUUGAAUCAGUGGACCAAUAAAACAGCACAAAUGAAGUUGAAAA